AUGGAGAAUGCUCAAGCACAACUCCUGGUAAACAUCCAUGAAGAGAUUACAAAAGGUGCUUUCACUGACAUACAAAUUAUAUGUAAAGACGGAACAACAACUGGAAGCCGCAUCGUACUGGCGGCGAUAUCAUCGUACUUCCGGCCCAUAUUCUGUUAUGAUAUGGCAGAGAGUCAGACGGGCGUCUUGAACCUUCCCAUGGUGUCUUUGUCGGUGUUGCAAGCUAUCAUCAAAAUGUAUUUGUGUGGAACUAAUCUAGUGAAUGAAAAUAACUGUGUGGAGGUAUUGGAUGCUGCAAAGAUGAUGCAGCUUAACCACAUCAAAGACAUUUGUGACACAUUCGUGAAGGAAAGUCUCACACUGACAGCUGAAAACUAUUUAAAUUGUUGGAGACUUUAUAAACUUUACAAUUUCCACGAUUUGUCCAAACGAGCAUUUUCCUGUUUGGCUGACACGUUUGCUGAUUUUGUUGAAACAGAAAACGUUGUUCAUCUGUCAAAGGAAGAACUUCUGGAAAUCAUUUCAAAAGAAGAGAUGAAAUGUACAGAAGACAUCAUUCUGCAAGGCGCCAUGAAGUGGAUUGAAUAUAAUAACCCGGAUCAAGAUGAUGUCAAACUGAUUUUUGAAAAUGUGCGUCUAGAUCUUGUUGAUUCACGAUUUCUGAUUCAUAAAGUGGUGUUUUCAGAUAUUGUUUAUAAAAAUAAAUCUAUCCAAGAAAUGAUACAAAAGGUGCUACGUUCAUAUCGUGGAGUCACUACUCAAUCAAGGGUCAGUCCGGAAAGAUCUGUUUUCGUUCUCCAUCAUAAUAACACGUCACUACUGUCUUGUUUCACGUCAGACAACAAGUGGGAAGACGUCUCACCAGCACCAGUAGAUCCUGGAAUAUGGUAUUCAGCAGCAGGUUUGGAUGACAAGAUCUAUAUCACUGGUGGUAGUAAGAAGAAGAAAUGCACAUUAAUUUAUAACACCAACAAGAAAGUGUGGACAGUAGGUCCAGAUCUUACAUAUGAACACUACGGUCACUGUAUGGUCACAGCUAACUCUAAAGUGUACUCGAUAGGUGGUUACUAUAGUAAAACAAUAGAGGAAUUGAGCGAGAGUGAGACGCACUGGCAGGUUGUUGGAGAUUUGGAAUUGAGGCGAUAUAACACUUUUCCUUUUACAAUUGGUGAGAACAUCCUCGUUAUGGGAGGAAACACAGACUCGGGCGGAUCAGAUGUUAUCCAGUGUUUUAACACCACAACUCAAACUGUGAGUCAGCUGAACACAAAGUUACCUUGUAGCUCUGAGUCACUGAGAGGCUCUGUUCACCUCCCAGAUGUUUAUCUGUUAGACACCAAUGGCCACGUGAUGCACCUCCAGGUCACCAACACGGUUGGAGAAAUCACGAUUCAGAUUAAAUCCACAGCAGAAUGGAAAUCAUUUAAAUAUUGCUUUGGUGUAACACACCGAGACGGAAACUUGUUGUGUUUUACAAAAGAUGGAAUCAGCAAAUUCAACCUCGCUGAAGGUAAAGAAGAACAGAGUACAUUCCCUAAGUCACCUAGAAGUGACGUAGUGUACAACGUGUGUACGGUGUCCUGUGGGAAAACAUCGCGAUGA